GGGCGGAGCUCCGCGCGGGAAGCUCCCGUGAUCCGGCGGUAGGCGGAGGCGGGCCCGCAGUGCAGGGGACGUCGGGGGAGCGGAGCCCAAAGGAGAAGCUAAUGGAAAGCCCGGCUGGGGCCUGGUUCCGCCUCCAGACCCAGGCGGCCACAGUGGAUUGGACAACGCAGCGACGCUUCCGCCCGCCUCCCGGUGUCACGCGACCGUCCCCACCUCCCGCCCUUCUCUCUUUACCUCCCGGCCCGCCUGGCCAGUGAUGAGAUAUUCGGACAGGUGGAGAAGUGGACACGGCGAUCGAAAUCACGUCCACGACCGCGACCAUGACCGAGUAUCACGCCCAGAAUAAAGCCAAGCUCAUUUCUGAGACCCGACGGAGAUUCGAAGCCGAAUACGUGACAGAUAAGCCAGAUAAAUAUGAUCCACGUGAUGUUGAAAGGCUACAACAAGAUGAUAACUGGGUUGAAAGUUACUUAGUUUGGAGACAUAAUAUUGUCGAUGAAACCCUGAAGAUGCUUGAUGAGAGUUUUCAGUGGAGGAAAGAAAUGUGUGUCAACGACCUGACUGAAUCCUCCAUUCCCAGAUGGUUAUUGGAAAUUGGUGGUAUUUAUCUCCACGGUUAUGACAAAGAAGGCAACAAAUUGUUCUGGAUCAGGGUGAAGUAUCAUGUAAAAGACCAUAAAACCAUGUUGGACAAAAAGAAGCUUAUUGCAUUCUGGCUGGAACGUUAUGCUAAAAGAGAAAAUGGGAAACCCGUAACAGUGAUGUUCGACCUGUCAGAAACUGGCAUAAAUAGCAUAGACAUGGACUUUGUACGCUUUAUCAUCAACUGCUUUAAGGUUUAUUAUCCUAAAUACCUCUCAAAAAUGGUGAUCUUUGAUAUGCCUUGGAUAAUGAAUGCUGCUUUCAAAAUUGUGAAAUCCUGGCUUGGUCCGGAAGCAGUGAGUUUGUUGAAGUUUACCAGUAAAAGUGACAUCCAGGACUAUGUCAGUGUGGAGUACCUGCCUCCCCACAUGGGUGGGACUGAUCCUUUCAAGUAUAGCUAUCCCCCGCUAGUGGAUGACGACUUCCAGACACCAUUGUGUGAAAACGGGCCUAUUGCCAGUGAGGAUGAAGCUUCAAGUAAAGAAGACCUAGAAAGUGAUGGCAAAGAAACCUUGGAAACAGUUUCUAAUGAAGAACAAACAACUCUUCUAAAAAAGAUUAACCUAACUGAACAUACUUCCAAAGCAGAAGAAAAUGAAAAGGUUGAUUCCAAAAUGAAAGCUUUCAAAAAACCAUUGAGUGUGUUUAAAGGGCCUUUAUUACACAUCAGCCCAGCAGAAGAACUGUAUUUUGGAAGUACAGAAUCUGGAGAGAAGAAAACUUUAAUAGUGUUGACAAAUGUAACAAAAAACAUCGUGGCUUUUAAGGUGAGAACAACUGCUCCAGAAAAAUACAGAGUCAAGCCGAGCAACAGCAGCUGUGACCCUGGUGCAUCAGUUGAUAUAGUUGUGUCUCCCCACGGGGGUUUAACAGUCUCUGCCCAAGACCGUUUUCUGAUAAUGGCUGCAGAAAUGGAACAGUCAUCCGGCACGGGCCCAGCAGAAUUGACUCAGUUCUGGAAAGAAGUUCCCAGAAACAAAGUGAUGGAGCAUAGGUUAAGAUGCCAUAUUGUCGAGAGCAGUAAACCAACCACUCUGACAUUGAAAGACAGUGCCCUUGCCAUGUCCGAUAAAACCAGUGAAGAUCUUUAUCUACAGCUCAAUCGUUUACUAGAAAGCAAUAGGAAGCUUGAAGACCAAGUUCAGCGUUGUAUCUGGUUCCAGCAGCUGCUGCUUUCCUUAACAAUGCUCUUGCUUGCUUUCGUCAUCUCUUUCUUCUAUUUGUUGUACAGUUAAAGAAGUGGCACUCAAGUAGGAAACAUGGCUCUCUCGAUCAUUAGCUGGAAAAAGACCCAGAACUUCAUGCUACUGAAAGUGUCGCACAUCUGUGCUUCCUGAAAGGAAAUGUGCAACACUUAGAGGGGGACAAAUACGUAUCUUCAAAAUAAAGUCUGUUCGAAUAAGGAAACACUGGAGACAUUUGUUAGGAGAGACUACAGCUAGAGGCAGCCCAGUCAAGGCACAGCCGUGUGUAAAUUAAUACAUUAGAUAUAAUUUAUUUUUUCCCUUUGAUUUGAAGACUUCUAAAGUUUUGUUAUAUAUAUACAUUAGCUGAACUCAAAAGUGUACGUACAAGCUUUGUCGCAGCCAAUAAAUGUCAUCUGCUUUUUUUUAAAUGACAAAAUCAUUAUAGCUGAGCCGACUUACUAGCUUUUCUAUACUAUGUAUAUAGAACAUGUAUAUUGAAAAAAACCAUACUUAUACAGAGUAAUUUCUGUAAACAUGACUUUGUAAUUUUGAGAAUUACUUCCAGAUGCUAGUCAAUAUUCUUCGGGUAUGUAAAACUAUUUAAUGCCAAACCACCUGUAGCCUUUGUUUCUUAUCUGUCUUCCUUAACUUAAAGUCUGCCUUUUAUUAAUCUCGGACUUUUUAAUGAACACUCACGUUUAGGUAGAAUUUGGGAAACUAAGUCGGGUUGGGUUUUCCUUGCAUUCUGUCGGCGGCAUGGAGAAGAAAAGUCCUUUCGGUCACACUUCCCAGUCUUUUUUACUCGGUGUCACAUUGCUUACGGUGGCUGGACACUGACCCGUUUGCUUCAGUUGUUAGAAAGGCCUACUCCCAACCCUGAACCACCUACACCCUCUUUUCUAAGCAAGUUAAAAUUUCUUUGAAAAGUUAGUUUUUGAGAGGCAAACCAAGUUCAUUUACAUUUCAGUUCCUUGGUAGAAUCAGCCACAAGAAGGAAACUUGACAAAGACUAGAGGACCUAGAAGCGUUGAGGGGGAAAAAAUUGAAACUCAAGUGUCAAGUGUCCAUUUCUGAGUGAAAAGUAGAAUCCUGGUCCACUUGGAUCACCUCCAGAGUGGGGCUGAUGGGCUUGCUGGCUCCUCUGCCCUUGUCACGGUAAUCCCAGGGGUAAUCCCUGAGAGGGUACAGCUCGCAGGACUGCAGAGGUGGAGGAAAUUAGUUGGUUUUCUCAUUCAUGCAGCCAGUUUCAGUCCGUGUUGGUUCACUUGUAAAAUCUACUUGCUAUGAAAGAAAAAAAGAGUCUGCCUGUUAAAUAAAUGUUGAGUUUUGAUGGAGCCAUGCUUGGAGAAUGUUCUCUUCUAAAGUGUGGUGUGGGCAGCUUUCAUCUGGAGAAGCGGAGGAUUC